AUGGGAAAUAACAAUACAGGGAAAGAUGAUGUUGAAAAUUCUGAAUCCACAGAUGUUAUGACUAUGGAGUUUUACCGUAAAGCAUUGAAUUUCAAUGUUAUUGGCAGAUACGAUCCUAAAAUCAAACAAUUACUCUUCCACACGCCACAUGCAUCUGUUUAUCAGUGGGAUUUUGAGAAAGACGAAUGGAAUAAACUAGAAUAUCAAGGUGUUUUAGCUAUAUAUCUGCGAGACAUUUCUCAGGAUUCUAUGCUGCCCGAUAAUGUGGAGUCAAAUAGUUUACUGAAUUCUGAUAAUCCAGCUUCAACAUUCUCUGGAACUGUUUUAACGGGCAAAGAUAUUUACAAUUACGGUUUGAUUAUACUUAAUAGAAUGAAUUUGGAUAAUUUUUCGAUGGGUAUUGUUCCAAACAGUAUAAUUAAUAAAAGGAAUAUAUUUGAUUCGGAAGAAAACAAAAAGAAUCCUCUUGAAACUAUGGGUGUUGAAGUGAAAGACGAUUUAGUAAUAAUCAAAAAUGUAAAACAUGAGGUGUUUGGUAUUUGGAUUCAUACAGUAGCUGAUAGAGAAAAUAUAUAUGAACUGAUCAAGUAUUUACUUGAGAAUUCUCCAAAGGAUUCCUUUACAUAA